GUGCCUGCGGCCACAAGGGCUCGUCCCGGGCACCUUCCGAGCCGCACCCGGAUCCUCGGAACCCACGGCCCGGCCCAGCUCCUGGAAGCAAAACUGCUGUGCAUGUGAAAGAGCCCAGGAGGUCUGAGCCUGGACCCUGCCUAGCACCCUGCUUUUGCUUGCUGCCCUUUCCAUUGGGCCUCAUCCUUCCCAUCUGACCUCUUGGCCAGCCUCCUGCCCCAGGAGUGAGUGGAAAGACAGCUCCCCCUCCCCUGCUUGGCUUGAAGAGGACCAAGACCUGGCCCAAGCAGGGACCCUGAGGGAAUGGCCCCUGGACCCCAGAGACCCCCCUGGCAGGAAUCACUGACGUACAAGGAUGUGGCUGUAGUCUUCACCCAGGAGGAGUGGUGCCUCUUGGACCAUUCUCAGAGAAAGCUGUACAAGGAGGUGAUGCUGGAAAACUCCCAGAACCUGCUUUCCGUGGGAAUUCCACUUCUCACAAAAGAUUUGAUCUCCUACGUUGAGGAAAGGCUAGCAUCGUGGAUCUUUAAUCCAAAAGAUUCAAGGAACUACUGUCCAGAUGCUCACAUGGCCCUCACCACACCAAAAUGUGAAUACAAUGCACAUGCUGAUGGACUGGCAAAGACUUCUACUCAACAUAUUGUCCCUGCCCUGACACCAGCUAAUGAUCCAGUACUAACAAAACAGGUCCAUCAAACGGCCAGCUAUUUAUGGGUCCAGGCCACACACCAGUGUGCACAAGAUCAAGGGACCCCCAGCCCCUCACCCUGCCCCCUCCGAAAACAGAAGAAAAGGAGAAAGCCUUGGGUGCCCUUUACAACAGCACAACGACUGGCCUUAGAAGUGAAAUUCCAGCAGAAACAGUACCUGCCCAUGACCGAGCGAGCAGAGUUCUCCAGCUCUCUGAGCCUCACUGAGACACAGGUCAAGAAUUGGUUUCAGAAUCGAAGGGCAAAAACCAAGCUAUUGCAGGGAGUCAAGUUAGAAAACAUGAAGCAAACAGACAAGCCUCUUUUGGUUUCUCUUGCCCUGCCCUUCCCAUCGGGGGCCCACCUGCAGGGUUCACUUGCUCUGUGUGGGCCCUCAAGCGCCUUUCCUCAGGGCACCCUGCAGCCAGUGCCAGGGCUUUUAACAACCCCAGUCACUUAUGCCCCUGUCCUAGGGAGCACUAGUCUUCUUAUAUAACCUGAAAACCUCAGCAAGCCCGGAAUCCUUAAGACAAGCCCUAGGCCUAAACCUGAGAUUUGGAUGCCUGGGAAGGGGCUAGAGAUGUGUGUCAAGCAGUAUAUCUUGAUCUGUGACUAAGAGAAAUAACCCUAUAACAGGUAAAAGUUCUGUGUAUGACUUAUUUGAGAUUGAAACCAUGACUGGUAUCAGUCUGCUGAAUAAAGUCCUAUCUGGGUAUGGUGUGGACAUCUCUCUAGAUAUUGG